AUGGCCAUGACACAGGCAUUGGUCAAGCGUGCUGUCGAAGAUGUAAAACGAGUGUUGAGAAUUCGGGAAGAAAAACCUCCACUCCAACAGAUGGUUCGGGAGGGCAUUGUUGGUGAAGAUUUACUGGAUAAGAUUGUUCGCGCCGAACAAGAACUGGAAGAUGAACUUCAACAGGUGAUUGAGGACUCUGAAAUGUAUCGUCCGGGAUGGGGUAAAACCAUUUUCCAAGAAGUCUCGAAUAUUGCUCAAAAACAGAUUCAGGAACUUGCGAAACAAGAGGCAUCAGCCAGAAUGGAGGAGGAGAUGGAGGAAAAGAAAUAUUCUGAGCAGUUUUCUAGCAGCAACGUUCGAGAAACUGAGAAAUCCGACAGCAAGACUUACAAGAAUCGCAAUUCUGAAAACAAAGAGAAUGCUACAACAUCUAACCUUUCAGAAGAAAUAGAAGAGGAGCGUAUCCGUAUUGAACAAGAACUAUUGGAACAGGAAGAAUUGGAGAAACAGAUGGCUGAUAACAAAGGCAAAUCUGGAAAGGACAAAGGAAAGGGACAAUUUCCAAGUAAACCAACAAUUGAGAUUCCAAUGCAGAUCUCGUUAGAAUCCACUGCAACCACAGAAAACCCUUAUCUGGAUGAAGAAGAGUUGGCCAACGCUGAUGUUUCUGGACAACCAAUUAGAAAUGCACAGGAUUUGUUUUUGCGGAAUGCAGCCAUAGUAGUGGCAGAAACCAUUUCUGCUGCAUCUCGUUCAAAUGCAAAAGUUCAGAGUCAUGCAAACGAGGAUAUUUCAGGCUCAUCCGUUCCGAAUUCAGCCAAUACACAACCUAUUCUAGAGCAGGUCAAAGAUCGGAUCUUUUAUGCUCGAGAGGAAGUGCAAUUGGCACUAGAUGUAACACUUCGACUGAUUGCUGCACGACAACGGCAGCCAGAGAAUCCAUCAGCAGUUGAAAAUCAACUGCGUAUCUCCAAUAUUGGUCGAAAGCCUUCUGCUGCACCAAUGAGUCGUAUUCGAGAUUUGCAGUAUUUACUGUCUUCAAAAGCAAUGUGUCUUCGAGAUGCAUCCAAUGCUCUAUCUCGACGUGCACAGCAGCUUAGUGAACUGGUUGAGCAAGAGCAGCGGUUUUAUGGACAACACGCAUUGGCUCUAAGACACCAUAACUGGCCUCUUCAACCUAGGUUGGGGGAUUUAGUAGCAGCUAUUUUAUAUGUAGACUAUGGUUUUAGAAAAGCCGGAUCUAGAUUUACUGGAAUUGCAGAAGCAGAUGUUUUGCGAGUUCCAAAAAAAACUAAAACGACAGCAGUUGACAGCAAUGAAGGAAUGAUGAUUGUGCCAGUUCAUCAAUCGGCUAUGCUUUUGGAUAUAAAGUUUGGUGAGGUAUCGUGUUUAGAUACAGCUUCCAUGGGACCAUCGUAUAUUCCAUAUGCUCUUCAAGGCACUAUUGAACAUUCAAACGACAUGUUCUCUAUGGAUCUGGCUAGCAGCAGACUUGCUGUGUUUGAGACAGAGCUGUUUCAACAGGCAAGUAACUACUAUAAUGCUCUAACUAAAGAACUAUCCAUGGAAAAUGGAAUUGGAAGACAAGCCCGAUUGACUACACAUGCUUUUAUGCUGCAGCUUGAUCGUCAAAACGCCAUAUAUGCAUCAUUGUCAAAAAUAUAUCAAAUUAAUUUAGGAAAGACGGCUGAUUUUUCGAGUAGGCUUUUGGCCUUGAGAGUCCGAUUAGCACUGCGAUCACAACACAACUUUUAUGGAUCUGAAAGCACUGGUGUUUUUCAGUCGGCUAUCUCGGGAUUUAUUUUGGGUCGACUACAAGAUCUAUUAGAGUUGGAGCUUCAUAAUGCUAUACAGCCAUUGAAACAUAGAUUAUACGCACGAGUCGAGACUAUGCAUGCCACAAAUACCCUUAAACCCUUGUUACAUACCCCACAACGCUAUAGUCUACCAACUUGGACAGUGAUAGUACUUGAUCAGAGUGUUGGAAGCGUCAGGCUAUGCUCAAAUGGCAUGUUUGAGUGUUUUUCUCGCCAUUCCAACAUGACAUAUCAACAUAGCACAAUAGGAGACGUUUUAAUAUUCAUCCAAGUAAUGCUCUCAAACUAUGUUAUUAAUAUGAUUACCAAAGAGGCGUGCUCAAUAUUUGGAUGUGGUGCACUGUUGGGAUUUGAAAAAGUUGGACAGAGUGUAACCAUCACGUAUGCUGAAUUUAGCAUCUGUAUUAGUAUUGCUGCACACGAAGGCUCGAAUGCAUGCUUCUUGCUUUCAGUUGCCAAAUUUUCAUGGUCAGAACGGCUAUGGCUUUACGACAAUCAUACAAACAGAUCUGUUCGAUGCAGCCAAAAGUUUAUGGAUGAUGUUCAAAGCAUUCUUAUGAAGCUUUAUGGUGUUGUUCAAAAAUAAAGUUUUAUUGACCUGUGCUAUACA